AUCAGAUCGUUUUUGCAAAGCCACAGGGUGAGAUCACAAGUGAAUCGGUUAAAUAUUAUAGUAACUUGCAAGAGCUUUUCUUGGAGUCGUCAAGUGUUAAUGGUGGUGUUUAAAACCCGAAAAGUUAAAAACAAUUUUGCUCAAUUGAUUAAUUAUGUGAUUCGAACGCAGCAAUUUUCUUAUAAGAAAAUUACCGAGUUUCAAUUCCUGGAAGGACAUUGCGUUAUUACUACUCAAUAAGGGAGGUACAAAAAGAUUUUUUUUCCAUUUUUUUUACAUUUUCUUGAAGAAUUCGGAAAAUAAAAGGACCCGUGUUUUUGUCUUUCUUGAUUCGAGCAAUAGUACCCUCUAUAGGGCACUUUAUACUUCCCAUGUAAAUGACGAUUACAACAACAAUUUGUAUGGCGGGUGUGAUCGGGUGUGAAAAUUUUUUCAACUUCAACCAGUGAUAAUUUUUCGAAUUUUGAUUUUUUCGAGAAAAGAAAAAACACGGGUCUCUUUAUUUUCCGAGUUCUUCAAGAAAAUCAACUAAAAAGUAUAUGCGGUACCUCCCUUAUUCACCAGUUUCCUUGGAAAAUCUUACAUUCCGGCGUAUGACGACUAAGAACAGCCUCAUUCGAAAUUGAAUAGAUUUUAUGAUAUCUGUUGGAGCACCUUGAGUAAAUUACUGAACGUACAAUGAGUACGAACAAAUCGGUUAAUGAGAGCGGAAAUGUGGAAAGUCCAAAAACCGCAUCAACACUUGAUGCCUUUACCAUUUUUGGUAAUGGAAAUACCUUUAUGUCGUCGCCACCGCUCUCCCAUUCUGGUUCACUAAUUUCCGUACUAUCGUCAGAGCCCGAUGCUACUCUUGCACUGAGUGAAAAGAAAAUAAUUAACGAAGAAUGGUGGCUAACAACAGUACAGGUGUCUAUACCAUUUCUUAUUGCUGGGAUCGGUACUAUUGGAGCUGGUAUACUUUUAGGAGUUGUAGAGCAAUGGACUGUGUUCAAGGAUAUUCGCGAAUUAUUCAUACUCGUUCCGGCAUUAAUUGGACUUAAAGGUAAUUUAGACAUGUGUCUAGCAUCGCGCCUAUCCACUCAAGCCAAUUUGGGUAACAUGACGGGUUGGCGUCCGAUUAUGAGCAUGGUAUUUGGGAAUAUUGCCCUGGUCCAAGUGUAUGCAAUCGUUUGUUCGUUCAUCGUUGCAAUAUUUGCCAUAACAGUUGGUUCUGCAAUGAACAACCAAUUUGUGCUGGAGCAUGCGGUACUUAUGGUUGCUUCUAGCAUGUUUACAGCGACGAUAUCGUGUUUGAUUUUAGAUUUUGUGCUAGUAGCUGUGAUAAUACUUUCUCAUAAAUUAAAACUCAAUCCAGACAAUAUGGCGACGCCACUAGCAGCGUCUAUCGGCGAUGUGGUAUCUCUGACAAUGUUGUCGUUUAUUGCUUCAACCUUAUACGAAAACAUAGUCGCGUACAGUUGGCUAUCGUUUAUGAUCCUAUCGAUAUAUACCGCUUUGCUACCAGUCUGGAUUAUCUGUGUGAUUUACAAUAAAUAUACAAGGCCAAUACUGAAGACGGGCUGGGUGCCUGUGUUAUCCGCUUUGUUCAUUAGCGGGCUGGGCGGUUUAGUUCUCGAUCAAGCGGUGGAUGCAUUUACUGGAUUCGUAGUAUUCCAACCGAUCAUAAAUGGAAUCGGUGGAAAUUUGGUUUCCGUUCAAGCGAGCAAAAUUUCUACUUUUCUUCACCAAAGUACGAUUUAUGGAAUAGUACCGCCCCAUACAAAAAUAUUUGAAAAUCCAAUACGAGCUUUGGUCACCAGCAUUCCUUACGGACAGACUGCGAAAAUUUUGAUAUUAAUGUCGAUUCCCGGUCAAAUUAUAUUUAUUUUCGUAGCCGAUGCCAUUCACAUGGGACGCUCUACGCUAAGUGCACCAUUCGUCUUUUCGUACAUGUUUGCUAGCAUACUUCUGAUUUGUUUGCUGCUAUACGUUGCCCAUGUCAUAAUACACGCAAUGUGGAAGUGGAAAAUUGAUCCGGACAACUCUGCCAUACCAUACCUUACAGCUUUAGGUGAUCUGUUCGGUUCGAUGUUCUUAGCUUUAGCGUUUCUUUUCAUCCAAAGUGUCGGCUUUGGAUAUGGCGAAGGCACUGAUGACUGAUUGAGAGCUUUAUAAACUGGAUGCAAAGGGAAUGUUUGAACUAAUGAAGUAAAAGAUUUUGUACCAGUCGGUUGCAAAUACGCAGAUUAACAGAAUAAACAGAUUCGAUGAAUUAUA